AUGGAUCUGCAACUAGCACCGAAGGCGACGUCUGAGGCCGGUGCAAGAGUCACACCCACUGGUCAGUUUGCCAAGAUGCAACUAGCGCAAGUGCUCUCUUCUCACCUGGCAUCUCUAGCAAAGGCACUUGUGAUAGGCUCUCCUGAAAAUGGGAAACUACCAACUCACAGACCCAAUCUAUUGAAGGCGGCCAGUCCACUCAUGAGCCCAGUCAUCAGCGAUGACACCAAGGCCCAAAGGCAGAGAUCCGACAGCACCGUAUCUGAAAAGGAAUAA